UACAACAUCAACGCCUGGCUUGCUGCAAGACCACUGUCCGAUCUGCCGCUGCGAGGAGUAUUCAGCACUUUGGCCGGGCUGACUCCGCGAUGGAAGCUCUACCAACCCUGCAACGAUGCUUCACACUUUCGCGGCCAACUCGAUGCGUCCUCUCUCCGUCGACUUCCACCUUUCGAGCCAUUAGACCAACCCUCUCCCUCUCCUCACGGAGAAGAAGUUUCACGACCUCUUCUUGUUUCUCUGAAGAGCAGCCUCCCAAAUCCUCACCGCCGCCGCCCAAUUCCAACUCAAUAUGGCGUAACCUUGUCUCAGAGAUGCGAACACUACCUCCGAAAGAUGGUCAAUCCGCCAGCCGCUCGAUGCAGGCUUUGCGAGGCCAAAGAUCGCGAUCGCCGUCCCAGGCCCAGAUAUUAGAGAGCGUGAACGCGACUGUCAUGGGAAGGCCCGUUGACCAGAACAAGAUGGAGGAAGAGCUUAGGGGGGGCAGCGGGUCCUCGGUAGCCUUGCGAUUGAAGCCCACUCUUGGACGCACUGUAGAUAACGUGUUCGGCGAGCCCGCGAGAGGGUUUCGCACGCUCGAGCGGAAGUGCGCAGAGAAUCGAGUCAGGGCGGACGCAAGAACUCAGGAGAAACAUGUGCGGAAGGGUCAGCGGAGGAAGGACAUCAGAGCGUUGAGGUGGAGGAAGCUGUUCAAAGAAGGGUUCAUUGCCGAGUGCGACAGGGUCAGGAGGAUGAGGAAGCAGGGUUGGUAGAAGUUCCGCAUAGAAUACAGCAGUCGCUAAAUUACGGAUGGAAAAUGUACCAUGGCGGAGGUUCAGUAUUCUUCGAGGAGAGCAGUGUACAAAAGCGAAGCGAUCAGGUACGUAGAUCUGUCUUAUGAUCAUGAAGGCAUCGUGAAUGCGUUCAUCUUGGCCAGUACCUACGUGGCUGGUGGAAAGGUCAUCUCGACCAUGGUCCUCCUACCUGAAGGCGUCUUCGAUUCGAGCGGCAUACACGCUGCUCACCUCCACAAACCCUGCUGGAACACGUCAAUGCUGUGGUCAAUUUGACUGGAAAUGGACCUGUCGACUGAGAAACUGUUGUCUUUGACUGCAUGGCCCUAUGAGCGAGCUACUCUGGUUGACUGAAUCAUUUCCAGCUCAUGCUCCGUGUUCCAAUACCUGCAGCUGGCAAUUCGAAUGAAGCGCGAUGGCCUCUUCCUAUCCAAUGCUCUCACAUUUCGCAACGCCUGUCU